AUGGGACGUUGGAUCGAUUUUAAAAAUGAUUACAAGACGCUGUAUCCGUGGUUUAUGGAAAGUGUUUGGUGGGCUUUCAGUCAGUUAUUCAAAAAAGGGCUUGUCUACAGAGGAGUUAAGGUGAUGCCUUUCUCAACAGCCUGCUCUACACCGUUGUCGAAUUUCGAAGCAGGACAGAAUUACAAGGAUGUCGUAGACCCUGCAGGUAAUUUGUGUUUUUUAGCGAAUUUUUAG